GGAUGAACGACAUGAUCAAUUGGAGCUGUGGAGGUCCACCAGUGAACCAAGUACCUAACGUACAUAGUAGUGAAUUUCCAACGAUUAAACACCGUAACAUCUUAGCAUCUUUACCUUUUUGAGCUUCAUCACCGAAGCAAACUCACCUUCCUUGCCAAUGAAUAAAAACACCAAUUCUAGACCUCGCGCCACCCUAUAUUUAUGGAUGAACUUAUGGCCUUGAGCGCAUUCCAGUAACUCCAAUUAUACAGUCUGAACAUUAAUUCUCGAUUCGAAACCUUUCAAGAUGGAGGCCGCUUCUGCUCGAGCGGCAGCUAGAGAUCGCUGGAGCGAAAUGGGGUUCCCCCGACCUUCCCAACUUCAACGGUUUAUAGCGAGCGCCUGUAGCCCCGAAAACUACGAACCGAAUCUUGCGCUUAACCUCGAAAUCUCGGACCUGAUUAAUAGCAAGAAAGGCAGCGCCCCACGAGAGGCAGCUGUCGCUAUAGUCAACUAUAUAAACUCGCGCAACCCAAACGUCAGCCUUCUAGCUCUUAACCUUCUCGAUAUAUGCGUUAAAAACUGCGGGUAUCCCUUUCACCUCCAGAUCAGUACCAAGGAGUUCCUAAACGAGCUUGUGAGACGGUUUCCCGAGAGGCCUCCCAUCCGGUAUACGAAAGUCCAAUCUAAGAUCUUGGAAGCUAUUGAAGAAUGGAGAAGCACCAUAUGCGAAACCAGCCGGUACAAGGAAGACUUGGGCUUUAUUCGGGAUAUGCACCGCUUGUUGAGUUACAAGGGGUACCAUUUCCCCGAAGUCCGGAGGGAUGAUGUCGCCGUUUUAAAUCCGAGUGAUAACCUGAAAUCCGCCGAGGAAAUGGAGGAGGAAGAGCGAGAAGCGCAGUCCGCUAAGCUUCAAGAGCUAAUACGAAGAGGUACACCUGAAGACUUACAAGAAGCAAAUCGAUUAAUGAAGAUCAUGGCCGGCUACGACACGAGGUCAAAGACGGAUUAUCGCGCAAAGGCAGCCGAAGAGGUUGGUAAGAUCCAAGCCAAGGCGCGCUUAUUGGAGGAGAGGUUAGCAGCUUUUAAGCCAGGCGAUACUCUGAAGGAUGGCGACGUCUUCGAGGAAUUAGCCUCGGCGCUCCAAAGCGCGCAACCCAAAAUCCAAAAGAUGUGUGAAGAGGAGUCGGACGAUCACGAGGCUGUAGCUAAGCUGUUCGAGAUUAACGACAGUAUACACAGGACAGUCGAGCGGUGGAAGCUCCUUAGGAAGGGCGAUAUUGAAGGCGCUAACAAGAUCGCUGCUGGCGCACCCGUUAACACAUCAUCUUCAGCGGCUGGAAAGUCGAUCUCGGCUGCGGGCGAGCUAUCUUUAAUCGACUUUGAUGCAGAUACUGCAGCUAACGGCGCUGGAAACAAUACUGCCGGGUCGAGUUCGCAAGCUGGUGGUCAGGCUGGCGGUCUUGAAAACGAUCUUUUAGGUCUCUCCUUAGGAGAUAGCAGCACCACUUUCGGCCAAGGAGGUGGAAUAUCGCUUGGCUUUGGCGCAAAUCAGAAUGUUCCGGGGCCUGCCUUAUUAUCAUCGAUGACACAAAACAACAGCGCAAGAGCGCCAUCUCCCACCCCUCCACCCUUUUCUCCUUUUUCAGGAUUCAUAUCACCUCCCGCGGGAUCCCAACCGAACACUCCACAACCCGCCCUAUCCCAACAAUCCUCAUUCUCCAGACCACCGCCUCAGAAGGCAACCGCUGCCAGUGAUCCCUUCGCAGCUCUCGCUUCUUCCCAGUACUCAUCCAAGUCAACCACCCCUAACCCCGCUGCACCCGCCGCAGGGACAGCAGACGACGACGAGUGGUCAUUUUCUUCCGCAUUACCACCUGAGCCCACCCUUCCUAGGGAACUCCAAAUAGACGUUAAGGACGGUCCCUUGCAGAUCCACCUCAAAGCAGCCAGGUCGCAGACGCCAAGCGCCCUUGCGUUAAUCUUUUUCUUCUCCAAUGCCACCGCGGCUCCCAUAAGCAAUCUCCACUUUCAACUAGCCGUUACAAAGGGCUUCGAACUCCAACUCCAGCCGCAGACGGGCCGCGCCCUGCAGCCCAAGCAGACGGCGGGCGUGUCCCAGUCGGUCGAGGUGUUCCACGCGGGAGACCGGUCGAAAAAAGUUGAGAGCAUCAAGCUCAGGUGGCGCGUCAGCUACACCCUGGGCGCCGAGAAUAAGUCCGAGAUGGGCGAGAUACCCGAGUUUAGCCUCGCGUGAGCGGGAGCGGGAGCAGUGAAGUCAUAUGAGUACCUAAGGUACCUACCUACCUACUCUACCUAAGGCAGCCAAAAGGAACAGAAAUAGGGUGGGAUAGGAUAGGAUAGGAUAGGAUAGGAGAAGGGGUAUAGGAGAAAAAAAGAGAAGAAGAAGAGUGGGGAUUUGUGGAAUAGAAGGAUGUGCAAUGUAAUGCAGUGCAGUUGCAGCGCAGUAUAAAUGCAGGCGAGGCCGUUGUGGCAAGAAGAAACGGGUGCAAGUUCAACAAGUUUGAAGUGGAAAAAAUGGCAACACAUCUCAGGGGGUACCUACCUAAUUCGUAGAUUCGAUUCGAAUGAACACAAACACAUUCCGCGUUUGGCGAUGCCCCCUGCUCUACUUAACCUUUUUCUUUUUCUUCUUUUUUUAUCACUUGAGUUUUGAUUGCCUUGUCCUCCGUGCAUUUGGUGGUGAAAUCGUCUGGUAAGCAAGCAAUGUAAGCAUAUCGUUUCUUUCUGAGAUUGAAAAGGUUGGAAGAGAGUUUUAGGUAGGCUUUUUACCUUACCCUGUCUCGCCUUAGAAUAAAGCAACUCUAUGCGUGUCCAUCAUAUCCUGUUAGUCCAUCUACAUAUCAGUAUAGAGUCUAUUACCUCGCCAAGGUCAAAUAUUUUCCUCAGGUCUCUUAUAUUAGGUGAGGUACAUCAGGUACCUUAUUUGUGUGUACGAAAUGCAUAUACGUACAAGCAUG